AUGGAGGGCACAGUGGACAUCAUGCUUGCUGUGAAGGAGAGGGUCAGUGUGAAUGAGGAGAUGGAGGGCACAGGGGACAUCACGCUUGUUGUGAAGGAGAGGGUCAGUGUGAAUGAGGAGAUGGAGGGCACAGGGGCUGAAACAAUGGCCUCUAAGGUAAUAGUGAACGAAGAGGGCAGCAACUGUACAAGAACACAGGAGCUCUUUGCCAUCUUCAACAACAUCAACAACCCUGUACCAUUAGCACUGGGCCCAGGGAAAAACGGAGGCUCAGAGGAGGGAGCAGGGCCUUCUCACAGCCUUCUUCUCUUGCUUCCCUACAGCGCUCAGGAGCUGUCCCAGGAAAUCAAGGCUUUUCUUACUGGCAUAGACCCCGUUCUGGGCCACCAGCUCUCGGCCCGGGAACAUGCUCGCUGUGGCCUCCUCCUGCUCCGUUCUUUGCCACCGGCCCGGGCUGCUGUGCUGGACCACUUGCGAGGCGUCUUUGAUGAGAGUGUCCGGGCCCAUCUGGCUGCCCUGGAUGAAAGCCCGGUGGCUGGCCCGCCUCACCUCCGCCCACCCCCAUCCUCCCACGUCCCUGCUGGAGGGCCUGGUCUAGAGGAUGUGGUACAGGAAGUGCAGCAGGUGCUGUCCGAGUUCAUCCGGGCCAACCCGAAGGCCUGGGCGCCUGUGAUUAGCGCGUGGUCCAUUGACCUCAUGGGGCAACUGAGCAGCACGUACUCGGGCCAGCACCAGUGUGUGCCUCACGCCACUGGCUCUCUCAAUGAGCUGCUGCAGCUGUGGAUGGGCUGUCGGGCCACGCGCACCCUGAUGGACAUCUACGUGCAGUGCUUCUCCGCUCUCAUUGGCAGCUGCCCGGACGCCUGCGUGGAUGCCUUGCUGGAUACCUCUGUCCAGCAUUCCCCUCACUUCGACUGGGUUGUAGCCCAUAUUGGCUCCUCAUUUCCCGGCACCAUCAUCUCCCGAGUCCUCUCCUGUGGCCUCAAGGACUUCUGUGUCCAUGGGGGUGCUGGAGGCGGAGCUGGGGGGAGUGGUGGAAGUGCUUCUCAGAAUUCCUCUACUGACCCCUUCCCUGGAUCUCCUGCCAUGCCCGGGGAAAAACGAGUGCCUAAGAUCGCCUCCGUGGUAGGCAUCCUGGGGCACCUGGCCUCCCGCCACGGAGACAGCAUCCGGCGUGAGCUCCUGCGAAUGUUCCAUGAGAGCCUGGCCGGGCCGUCGGGGGGCCGGAGUGGGGACCCUGCCCUUCAGGCCACGGUACCCUUCCUGCUGCAGCUGGCAGUCAUGUCCCCAGCUCUGCUGGGCACCGUCUCGGGUGAGCUCGUAGACUACCUCAAGCCCCCUGCUGUGCUGAGCCAGCUGCAGCAGCACCUGCAGGGCUUCCCCCGAGAAGAACUGGACAAUAUGCUGAACCUGGCCGUGCACCUGGUGAGCCAGGCCUCUGGGGCAGGUGCCUACCGCCUGCUGCAGUUCCUGGUGGACACGGCCAUGCCUGCCUCAGUCAUCACCACCCCGGGCCUGGCCGUGCCAGACACCGUGCGCGAGGCCUGCGACCGGCUGAUCCAGCUGCUGCUGCUGCACCUGCAGAAACUGGUGCAUCACCGAGGAGGGUCUCCUGGGGAGGGGGUGCUGGGCCCUCCCCCACCCCCUCGCCCGGUGCCCUUUCUAGAUGCGCUGAGAAACCACGUCGGAGAGCUGUGUGGCGAGACCUUGCGACUGGAGCGGAAGCGCUUCCUCUGGCAGCACCAGCUCCUGGGCCUGCUCUCCGUCUACACCCGGCCUAGCUGUGGGCCCGAGGCCUUGGGCCACUUACUGAGCCGGGCACGGAGCCCCGAAGAGUUGAGUUUGGCCACCCAGCUCUACGCAGGGUUGGUGGUCAGUCUCUCUGGCCUCCUGCCCCUGGCCUUCCGAAGCUGCCUGGCUCGAGUGCAUGCAGGGACUUUGCAGCCUCCGUUCACGGCCCGUUUCCUGCGCAACCUGGCCCUGCUGGUGGGCUGGGAGCAGCAGGGUGGCGAGGGCCCUGCAGCCCUCGGCGCCCGGUUUGGGGAGUCGGCCUCGGCCCACCUGUCUGACCUCGCUCCUCUCCUGCUGCAUCCUGAGGAGGAAGUGGCUGAAGCUGCUGCCUCCCUGCUGGCCAUCUGCCCCUUCCCUCCAGAAGCCCUCGCCCCCUCCCAGCUCCUGGGACUGGUGAGGGCUGGGGUGCAUCGCUUCUUUGCCUCCCUGAGGCUGCACGGGCCCUCAGGCGUGGCCUCGGCCUCUCAGCUGCUCACUCGCCUCUCUCAGACCUCCCCGGCCGGGCUCAAGGCUGUCCUGCAGCUGCUAGUUGAGGGGGCUUUACAUCAGGGCAACAUGGAGCUGUUUGGAGGGAAACUGGACGAGGACAAUGAGACUCUCUCCAUGGUCUCGGCUCCUUUGGUCUCGGCCUCCCUGUUGGACACAAACCGACGGCACAGUGCUGCCGUGCCAGGUCCUGGCGGGAUUUGGUCCGUCUUCCAUGCUGGAGUCAUUGGUCGCGGCCUCAAACCUCCAAAGUUGGUCCGCGCUCGGAAUCAGCAGGAAGUGAUCUAUAACAUCCAGAGCCUUCUCAGCCUACUGGUGCAUUGCUGUAGUGUCCCUGGGGGCACUGGAUGUGGAGGCACCUGGGGGGACCCCACCCUGAGCCCGGAAGCAGCCAAAACAGUGGCAGUGACCCUGGUCGAGAGUGUGUGUCCUGAUGCAGCUGGGGCUGAGCUGGCCUGGCCCCCGGAGGAACACUCCCGAGCCACGGUGGAGCGGGACCUCCGCAUCGGCCGACGCUUCCGGGAACAGCCCCUGCUCUUUGAGCUGUUGAAGCUGGUGGCGGCGGCUCCCCCGGCCCUGUGCUACUGCUCCGUGCUCCUGCGGGGCUUGCUGGCUGCCCUCCUGGGUCACUGGGAAGCUUCUCGGCACCCAGACACAGCUCACUCGCCCUGGCAGCUGGAGGCAUCUUGCACCCUGGUGGCUGUUAUGGCCGAGGGGAGCCUCCUGCCGCCAGCCCUGGGCAACAUGCACGAAGUAUUUAGCCAGCUAGCCCCAUUUGAGGUGCGGCUGCUGCUGCUCAGCGUCUGGGGCUUCCUCCGGGAGCACGGGCCCUUGCCCCAGAAAUUCAUCUUCCAGUCGGAGCGGGGCCGCUUCAUCCGGGACUUUUCUAGGGAGGGUGGCGGGGAUGGGGGGCCCCAUCUGGCUGUGCUGCACAGUGUCCUCCACCGCAACAUCGACCGCCUGGGCCUCUUCUCCGGCCGUUUCCAGGCGCAGUCACCGGCCACCCUCCUUCGGCAAGGGACAUAAGCUUUUUCACACCCCAGAGCCCAGGGAAGAAGAAACCACGAGAGCAGGUGGCAGGUGGCCACGGUGCACCGGAAGGGUAGAGGAUUCUCUUUGAAGCCCGUGGCCCCGAGAACGCUGUCACUUUUUUUCCAAUCCCUCCGCCCUCUCCCGCUUUUUUUUCUAAAUAAAAUUUGCCGAGUUGAGAAAAAGCCCA